GACAUUUUGUUGUUGGGAUUAGUUUUGUAAACAUGUGCUGAAGGAAGAAUUUUGAGUUCUCUUUCAGUUUUUACGGUAUUUUCGCAAAAAUCAAGGAUAAUUUGGCAUGUCAGCGGACAAAUUUGACUCCUUGGGUCUCUCCCCGUGGGUGUUGAGACAAAUUGAUAAAUUAGGUUUGAGGACUCCAACGCCCAUUCAGAGGAGUUGUAUUCCAGAAAUCUUGGCUGGAAGGGACUGUGUGGGUGCAGCAAAGACAGGAAGCGGGAAAACUUUUGCUUUUGCUCUUCCGAUAUUGCAAAAAUUAGCUGAAGAUCCUCGAAGUUACUUUGCAUUGGUUCUCACGCCAACGCAUGAGCUGGCUCAUCAGAUUUCGGAGCAAUUCUCGGUUGCUGGACAACCAAUGGGAUGUCGAGUGUGCGUCAUAACUGGUGGAACGGAUCAGCUGUAUGAGAGUCAACGGCUCAUGAAUAGACCACAUGUUGUUGUUGCAAUGCCUGGACGUUUAGCUGAUCAUUUGCUGGGAUGUAACACCUUCUCGUUGCGAGGUCUUGAGUUUCUCGUUGUCGAUGAGGCAGAUCGAAUGCUAGCUGGGGGAUUUGAUGAGCACCUGGCUGCUAUUGCGAAGUUCCUGCCGGAAAAGCGACAGAAUCUCUUCUUUUCCGCCACAAUACGUCCAGAAGUGACUUCAUCUGCCAUUUUCCCGCUGCAUCCGGAUGCUUUUCAGUGGAGCGAAAGUACUCCUGUGGCCACAGUUGAAACCCUCGAUCAGCGGUAUAUUCUGUGUGCUGAAUACGAUCGCGAUCAAGUACUCGUGGAAACGUUGAGGCGCUUCCGGGAGGAACAUCCGGGCAGCAGUGUGAUCAUCUUCACAAACACCAAAAAGGAUUGUCAACUCCUCUCGAUGACUCUCAAUGAAAUUGGAUUCUCAAACGUCUGCCUCCAUGGCUUUAUGAAGCAACGCGAGAGAGUUGCUGCCCUGGCACAGUUCAAAUCCAGCCACGUCAAGACUCUCAUUGCCACCGAUGUGGCCAGUCGUGGACUUGACAUUCCUGCCGUGGAGCUUGUUCUCAAUCAUCGUCUUCCCAAAUUUCCCCAUGAGUACGUCCAUCGUGUGGGACGAACAGCAAGGGCAGGAAGAAGCGGUCUGGCCAUUUCCAUCUUCCGCUUUCCGAAAGAUUUGGAGUUUUUAGCUAAAAUUGAGGAAACCAUCAACACAAAGCUCAAGGAAAUGCCCAUAGAUCAACGAAUGGUGGAGAGAAUCUUCAUGCAGGUCAGCGUCACAAAGCGUGAAGCUGAAAUAAAGCUCGACAACAAAGAUUUUGAGGAGAGAAAGUCAAACUACCGAAGGAUAAAAUGGGUGGAGCAAGGCUUAGAUCCCGAAGAGGAAGAGGCAAAAUUCCAACGAGAAAAGAAGGCCCGGAUAGCUGCCCGGAAAGCUGAAAUGCGGAAAAAUCGCCGAAAGGACACCGAUCAGCCCCUCUAUGAUGAUGAGAGAUUUGCAAAAGUCAAAAAGAAGCAUUUAUCUGGGAAAACAUAAAAGUAGAAAAAUAAUUUAUUUAACGACAA